CCUGCAACCAAAUCGACCGUUUUCCGCGCCACGGAGGAAACAAGGGCUCGUUUCCAACUAAAACCUAAACGGCUUUCUCUGCUUCGGUGGCUCCGUCCCUUUGCGACGACCCCAACGGAAUCAAACAAAAUUUCUUCCAAUGUCUUCGAAGAUGCCCCAGUCGGAUGCUUUCCCCCUUGGUUUUCACGAUGAUUCACCUUCCCGAAGCUUCACGCCGGAUUUUUCUAUUAAUUUCUCCAGUAAUGGGGUAUUUGAUUCGUUUCGACCGAUUCAUCUCCUAACUCUUGAUCAAUCGGAGGUGCCGAUCAUUAUUUUGGGUAAAAAUUCCUUCUUCUUCUUUUUCCUGAUUAGAUUUGGCUCUAAAUUGAUCGAAAACAUUGGAAAGUUCUAACCUUGGUGGUUGAAAUUAGAGCAUUCUCUUUUAAUCCGCAUAAAGAUUGAUCCUCUUGAUCUUUGGGCUCUUUUGUUUUUUCUAGUAUUUACUUUUCUCAUCUAGCAGUCUAUUCUUUCUACGUGUUUAAGAGUUCUUGUGAAUGUUAAUGUUAUUAGACAUAGUGCAAUCUUCUGUGUUUUGGUAUAAAUUUGGGUUUAAGCAGCAGAUUGAUUGAAUUUAGAAUAUAUCAUGACCAGAAACCAUGGAUUAUAUUUUUAUCUCUUUUCUUCGUGAAUCUUUGUCCAUGGAGAAAUUAGGAGCAAGAAUUUUAUUCUUCUUCUAUUUGGUAUUCUUCUUUAAGAUUUUUCACAAAACAGAUAAUUAUAAUAUCUGAUUUUCUGUAAAACAGGUUAUGUGAAAGAUAGGGGGAGGCUAGUAUUACAAAACAAUAUAUAUUUUUUUAUAUGUUUUAUGAACUACCAGUUAAAAAGCAACCAAGAAAGCAAUUUUGUAAAACUCUUGUAGACACAUUUUCGUAGGACCAGACAUUCAAAUAGCCCUGACUAUUUGCAGAGUUUAUUAUUUCAUGUUUUGACUCUAGUAAUGUGAUGAAGUUGGUAAAAGUUAUAUAGAUAAUUGCAUCAACAAGACAAAGACAUGUGUUUGAAUUCAAUUUGCGGGAUUCACAGUUGUAUCUUUUAGAACCAGAUGAAGUAUUUGUACGAGUUGUGUGGAGUGACCAUGCUACAUCGAGGGGAGAAGACAACUUAAGGUGUAUACUGUAUACACUCUUUUAUUAAUAAGAACUUCAUUAUAUUUCUGUGAACACAAACUUGUAAUUUUUAAUAAAUACUAUUUUUUUGGUCUUUGCCCAAAAGAAAAAAAAAAUUAUUUUUCAAUCUCCAAGGGUAAGAAAUAACUCUGAUCUGCCCUUUGAUACUAACUUGAAUUGCAGUCCUACAUCCAGCUAUUUUACUUCAAGGUAUAAGAGGAGGGCACUUUUAAGGAAUCUGAGUGAAUAAGACUACUCAGUUUUUAGGAAAAAAGAAAACCUGAAUGAGGCUAUUCACUGUUUGUUCUUCUUAUUAAGUUUACUUACGGUAGUGUGCCAAGAUUGAAUAUAAUUUAUCUGUUCAAAUAUCUAUUUUAUUUCUUCCUCAUUUAAUCGAUCAUAUGUAUGCAUGAGAGAAACAUGCAUCAGCAUUACAGCUCCAUUUUUUCAGGUUAAUUUCAUGCUUGGAAGAUUGUUGUAGUUGGAUUAAGCUUCAUUUGGUAUAGGACACCUGCUUAAUUUCAGCUUCAUUUGUUAUAGGACACCAGCUUAAAUUCAGCUUCAUUUGUUAUAGGACACCAGCUUAAAUUCAAACAGGUACCGCUUCCAGCAACAAGGAAUGGCAGAUAUAGACACAAAGCCACUUGAAUCUUUACAGGCUGCACUAUUCUUGUUUGAGCAAAUAAUUGAUCAGAAUAAUUGCAGUUCAACCAGCAAUGGGGAAGUGUUGAAGGAGAAGGAACUAGAACUCUCAAUGAAGGAGUUGGCAAAUUGCAAAAUGCAGCUAGAAAUAAAAGAAUUUCCCAACAUGCACACUGCUCUCCAACUUGGUAGCUAUCCUAAAACAAUUGAAGAACCAUCAACUAAGCUGAAGUGCUCUGAAGCUGAGAGAGAUAGAUCUGUGGAAGAAUGCCAGGAAGCUCAUAGUCACAUAACUAAACUUGAAUCUGUAAUUCAAGUGAUUGCAGGCCAUUGUCUGAAAUCUAGUGAAAACCAGAAACAAUACAUUCACAUUUUGGAUGAGUUGAAAGCUUUGAAAGAAGAACUACAUCUUAUGAAAGCAGAGCUCACUGCUGCUGAGGAAUCAAAGGUUGCUGCACUGAAACAGGUCGAAUUGUUGAAGAUAGAUGUACUUUUAGAGAAAGAGAACAACAAGGAGCUUUUGGUGCAUAUUUCAGAGUUCAAUCAAGCCAUUCUUUUGGCUAACCUGGCAGUUGUUGAAGCAGAGAAAGAGAGGUCUGCUUUCUAUUCACAGAUGGAAGCAGAGUUGCAGGUUGCUACAGAAGCAGUAAUUCUGUCCCAUGAGCAACUUGAAGUACGGAAAAGACAGUUGGAUUUGACGGAAGAUUUGGAGAAUGAGCUUUUGGAAAAAAUAAUACUGACUGAUUAUUUGGAAUUGGAACUAAGGCAAGCAAAGGAGUUUGUUGCUUCAGAUGCCAUUAAGGACUUAAGCCAGUUUAGGUCAGAGAUGGAAACGAUAGACAGAGAAAACUCUGAGAAAACAGACUACAUUAUGUUGAUGGAAGCUGAAAUGAAACAAAUGGAAGAAGAGCUUCAGAGUGCAAGGGACAAUGUUAAUAAUCUGGAUUGCCAGGUCGAGAUUCUUAUGAGUAAUAUGCAGAACCUGAAAGAUGAUAUGUCAAAAAGUAGCCGAAGAGAUUUGGAAUUUGAGGUAGAAAUAGCAAAUCUGAAAUCUGAACUUCACAAAGGCAGGUCUAAGAUUGCUGCUGCUGAGGCAGGUGAAGCAAGGGCUAUGAGUGCUCAAGCUGGCUUGUAUCUUGCUGUGCAGCAACUAGCGCUAGAAGCAAAGGCAGCCAAGAAUGAGACAGAAAGAUUAAAACUAGAACUGAAGAAUGCUGAACCUGAAACGGAGGUGACUGACGAUGCAUCUAAAGUUAGUAAGGGAACGGACUUUGUUACAUGCUCAACUGGAAUUUCUUCUGGUAUAACAAUCUCAACUGAAGAUUUUGAGGCCCUGACCCAGAAGGCUGAGAAAGUAGAUUCACCACUGAAAGAUGAAUCUCAAUUGGUUAGAUAUGAAAAAAAUUGCGAGCUUGACAUCUUAAAAGCAGAGCUUGAAGCUUCCAAUGCAAUAAUCAGUGAUUUGAGAUUCAAUUUAGGGGAGGCAAUAAGAAGAUCUGAGCUGGCCGAGAAAGCUAAAGCAGCAGUUGAAGACCAGUUAAGGAAAUGGAGAAUAAAACAGCAGCAGAGAAGAUCUGAUUCAGAAGUGCUUGCGGAGCAAUCCGCUAGGAAAUACAUGGAUAACAUGAUGUGCGAGCCUUCAGCCUCUCAGUCACCAAUGGGUCGGUCAGGGCUUAACAGGGUAUCUCACCAUGCAAAAAGAGGUACCUCUAUGCCUAUUGUCAAAAAUUUGAAUUAUAUCCCUCUUGGUAAGAUCCUUAAUAUGAAAUUUUAGUGAUCAUGAAUCUGUUUACUUUUUUGGGGCCCGAGUUUUUAUUAUAUAUCCCAUCAUCAGAUCAAUCAUCUUAUAGCAGAGAACCUGUGUUAUUAAAAUUUUUUCUUUGAGUGCGAGUAUGGAUUCAGUGACAAAGUAUGUACUUGAUCAGUGGCAAACUGAUAUUCUUAGUUUUUAAUCUCUUUUUAUUUUUCAUUUUUUUGGGAAUGCUCCACU